AUGGUGCAGAUGUGGGAGAUCGUGGGCGGCGCUGACAAGGGCGGUAUCAUUGUUAGGGACGGUGAGACGACGAAGUCCAACCAGUUGGAGGACCGCCUCUCCACUGGCGCGCUUGUGGAGGAGAUUGAGCUGAAAGGUGACCGCCUGCACUACAAGCUGGCCGUCGGCACCGGCCCGGCCGAUGGCUGGGUGAGCAUCAAAUUGAAGGACAAGGACCUGGCUGUUAAGACCGACAAAGCUCCCGUCUCAAGCCCUCCUCCGACGUCCGUGGGCCCGAAGGGGGAGGCUCCUUUGCCCAUCGGUCUUUUCUUCCCGGGUCAAGGAUCUCAGUACGUGAAGAUGCUCGAGAAGGUCAUGGAGAUCGGUGCAGUGAAGGAGAUGCUGGAGAAGUCGAAGCCCAUCUUGGGCUACGACUUGCUGGAGAUCUGUUUGAACGGCCCCGAGGAGAAGUUGGAGGAGACGAGAUUUUGCCAACCGGCAAUGUUCCUUGGCGGCCUCGCUGGCCUCGAGAAGCUGAAAAUGGACAAGCCCGAGGCCGUGUCGCGAGCUUCGGUGAUGGCUGGCCUCUCCUUAGGUGAGUAUACGGCCCUGUGCGCUGCGGGUGUGAUGACUUUCGAAGAUGGCUUGAAGCUUGUGAAGCUUCGGGGUGAGGCCAUGCAGGAGGCUGCAACGUCGGGUGCAAAGAAGCAGCUCAUGCUUUCGGUUGCCGGCUUGGAGCGCGGUAAGAUGGAUGCGCUGUGCCGUGAGGCGGCGGCCAAGGAGGAUGGAGGGGUGUGCUCCGUUGCAAACUGCCUCUUCCCUCAAGGCUUUUCCAUCGGCGGCACUGAGAAGGCCAUUACGCUGCUGAAGGAGCUUGCUGAGAAGAACGGCGCGCUUCAGGCAAAGGUGCUGAAGACAGCAGGUGCCUUCCACACUUCCUUGAUGCAGCCGGCUCAGGACAAGCUCUCUGCAGCUUUGGAAGAGACGCUGCCGAACAUGAAGCCCCCCAUGCAUACAGUGUGGAUGAACGCCUCGGCGCAGCCCAUUCGUCCUGGCACGGAUCCAAAGGAGAUCGUGGCUUUGCUGAAGAGGCAGCUGACGAACCCGGUGCUCUGGGAGGACUCCAUGAAGGCCAUCCUGAAGGAAGGCGUGAGCGAGUUCUACGAGGUCGGCCCCAUGAAGCAGAUCAAGGCCAUGAUGAAGCGGAUCGACCCCACG